UAUAGCCGGCAAGAUCUCCACAUGGCACUAAUUCAUCUUCCGAACUAAACAAUUGAUUCUAUUCGUUUUGUCGUUUAUAACACCAUGAUUCAAUUGAACACAAGAAAUAGAAUCUAUGAUAGUAGAGUAAAGGUGGUGUGAGGGAAUUGGAGAGAAAAAGAAAUUAUAUAUCACCGUUUUUAUUUUUAAUUUGUAAUAAUAAUUUAUAUAAGGAUAGAGAAUACGUGGCUACAGUGAUGGUGCAGGACAACAUGAAAGGACGCAUAGAGCGAUUCGAAUGUGACAGAGAAGAGGAACUCUCGUUUUUCAGGGAAUUGAAGAAGCGCCAGAAUGAACUUAAUCCUAGCCUCUUGUUCGGUGUUUCUGAAGAUUAUGAAUGUGACUCUAAUUACGGUGUUAAUGGAAAGUUUUCACUCUAUAAAAUUCCUUCGGGGAGGAAAGAGUAUGGACUUGAGCUUCUGGAAACAAAUAAAAGCGACUUUGAUUGGUUGAAAACACCACCAGCAACUCCUCUGUUUCCAUCCCUAGAAAUGGAACCCAACGCCAAACUUGUCAUUCAGAAAGAGCUACCAAUUGCUCACUCUAUCUCAAGAGCACUAUUUGCAAAGAGUGAUGUGGAGACACUAAAACCAAAGACAAAUCAAACAAACUCAACAAAAUCAUCAAAACUUCCUAUGAGAUCUACAACACCAAGUCAUAACAAACAAAGACCAAACAUCAUUAAAAACACAAAUGAACAACAAUUAGGCACUCACCCUACCACAACCAACCACAUCAGUAAUUUCAAAAAAGAACAUGAUGCUACCAACAACACUAAACAUUCCAAUCCUCUAAAGAAAGCCAACAAUUUUGAUCAUUUCCUUUCUUUGAACCAAAAGAAAAAUGUUGAACCAAAUGAAACACAAAGGAAGCCUAGAAUUAGAGGUGUAUCUCCAUCAGUGAAACCAAAGGCUUCAGAUAUUGUAAUAGAACUCUCAAAUGAAACACCACAAAAUCUAAGGACAGAUAAAAGGUCAAGUUCAAGUACAAGAGGAAGAAGUACUACUAGAGCAUCUAUAAUUGGGGGGUGUCAAAAUCAAGAUCCUACUCCAAAAGCAUGUAGACCAUCAAGGUCACCAUCACCAAACAUGUCUAAUAAGAAUGGUUUGAACUAUUUAGACAGAACACAAAAGAACAUGAAGACACAAAAAGAAACAUUUUCUCUAGCAGCUGGAAGUAAUGAAAGUAGAUCAUAUUUUAAAGGAAGUAAAAUGGUAGAGAAAGUGGUGAAUGCUAGAAAAUCAAGUAUCAAUCAUAUAGACAGAGAAACAAAACUAAAGCCUAUUAAACAUAAGGAAAAAUAAGACAAGAAUAACUUACAAGUGGUUCUCCGGCAAUGUUUCAGACUGUUUUUCUGGAACGAACUACUGUGGCAAGGAAUUUUUGUAAUGUGCAGAAGAUCAUAAUAUAGGUUUAAAUGUUCUUAUUAUUUAUAUAUAACAAAAUGAGACAUAAAAACACUCAUUUUGAGAUGUUAUGUACCGUUUGGGAAACUUGAUUUGUUGUUGACUAGCUUAUAUUCCAUAUGUAACAAUAACCGAUGAAUUAUUAGUAUAAUCAUUUUUUUUCAGUUUACUUUUAUGUUUUAGUUUCUGAUUCGUUGUAUUAUGAAUUUUGAAGUAUUUUGA